AUGGCAGAAGAAAGGAAGACGCGGUUAGAACAAAUCCAGGCGGUUUUUGCCGGGCUGGGAGCCGGAACAAGGUCGCUUCUUGAGGACAGAUCAAAGAUGACAGUCCUCGUUGGUGGCCUCACUGCUUUGGCCCUAGGCGUGUACGGUGCACGUGCCGCGACAGGCGUUGCCGGCAACCUGAUCGAAAGGUGUCAAGCAGUCCGACACCACCGACCGUUCACAGUGACUCGAGCGUUCACUCGCACCGCAGUUCCUUCCCUGCUGCAAAGCACGAUCAAGACAAGCGCCAUGGCAUGCUUUACUGCUCCCAGCGCUUCCAUUCUCAGCGCCCCUCUUUGCGCUCGGGUCCAAAGUAAGACGCCAGAAGGGCUUUUGGCCUACCAGGCUGGAGAUGUCUCGCGAAGGUCAUACGGGGCCGCGAGGAACCUUUUAGCCGGUGGGGCCGCUGCUUUUGCAGGUGCCGCUGCGCUCUGUUCAAGCGCCCGAGGUCGCCAGCUUUACUCGAAGAGAGCGGCCAGUCGCAAACAGAUCGUAGUUGUUGGUGGCGGAUUGGCAGGCUUGAAUUUGGCAUUGCGCUUGGACCAGAUGCCAUGGAAGUCUAGACCAGAGGUAAAGCUUCUCGAUCCAAAAGACAGAUAUGUUUUCCUGCCGCUGCUGAUCGAUUAUGCAACGGGUGUGGUGGAGCUGGAAGAGUUCGCCCCAACAUACCGGGAGCUGCUGCAGGAUGCAUCGUCGGUCCAGCAUCUUCAGGGCAGCGCCUCUGAGGUGGACUGGCGCCGGCGGCAGGUUUCCUUCUCCCUCGCCCAAGCCCAAGAUGAACCGCAGAGUCUUUCGUUUGAUGCGCUUGUGAUUGCAUCUGGUGGCGUGGGUCAGUCCGAUUUCGUCUCGUUGCCCGGGCUUGCGGAAGCCUUGGAAAGCGGCAAGGCCUUGCGCUUCUCUUCCCUUGCAGAUGCCGAUGCCCUGCGCCGACGCCUUCACUCUGUGGAAUCUGUCGCCAUCGUAGGAGCAGGCUACGUCGGUGUUGAGCUUGCUGCUGGUCUAGCAGAGGUCCUGCCCGAGGCUGCGGCUGCGGGGCGCAUUGCCCUCUUCGGCUCCCGGUUUCUUCCAGGCUGCGAAGAAGCUAACCAGAAGAAGAGUGCAGAAGUCUUGGACAAGCUGGGCAUCCUGCGAAAGACAGGCCGUGUGGUGUCUAUCGAUGCGGAGGGAGUGGCAUGGUCUCCGACAGGCACAGAGAGGUCCGAGCUGCAUUCCUGCAGCCUCGUCAUCGUGACCGGGGCUUUGGCCACAUCCGUGGAGGAGAGGCUGAAACUAGCCUCUUCGGUAGACGAGGAAUCCAUUGACAAGGGUCGUGCAGUGGUUGAUUCGUACCUGCGGAUUGCACCUGGUCUCUUCUGUCUCGGGGAUGCAUCAGGAGGCUCACCACCUACUGGCCAGAUUGCCAUGCAGCAGGCCGAAACAACUGCGUGGAACAUAUUCGCCCAGCUCUCGCAUCUGCCACGCCCCACCUGGCGGCGCUUUAAGCCCAAUGCCAUGGGCGAGUUCAUUGCCCUCGGUAGCACAGAGGCUGCCGGCGUCGUUCAGCCGACACAGCUGGGCAAUUUGCUUCCCCCGGCACUGCCUCCAGCUAUUGCACGUGCUGUGGCGCCGACGGUAUCCUCUGUUGGGCAAGCUUCCACAGCAAAGGCAGCUGUCGCUGGCAGGCCUGCCAGCCUCUUGCGUCGCCUCGCUUACUUGUAUCGCCUUCCCGGCAUGCAUCGAUUGAAAGUGGCUCAGCAGCGGUUGAUGCGUCCUCCUUUGGUCCGGGAGACCUCGCGCCUGACGUGGGGCCGCGAUGGCCUGAAGAGCUUGAUCUCCUCGAAGAAGCAGGGCGGCUUCCUGGAAAAGAUCGUUUUGGAGGACGAACUGACGGAGCGACUGCAGUGGACAACCAACUCCCUGGUGAACGCGAAGAAGAAUGGAACCCCAUACAGGCACCUUCUCCUGCAUGGGCCUCCCGGAACAGGCAAGACGCUCUUCGCCCGGACCCUCGCCAGACAGUCCGGCCUGGACUAUGCGAUCAUGUCCGGUGGAGACGUCGGGCCGCUUGGAAAGGAUGCGUUGCAGAAAGAGUCCGAAAUGCCUGGUACAAUCCAUGACCCGAUCGGUGGCCAGUCCCGGGCCACGAUUGCUGCGAAGCAGGCCAAACCGAUGGAGGAAUUCGCCGAGCGCACCAAGCGGGAGGCCGAGGAGCGCAAGAAGCAACGAACAGCAGAGGGUGGCCGAGGUGGAGGCUACAAUGACCGACAGGAAGUCGAGCGCCGACAGCCUCCACGCGAGGAUGACUGCGCAUAUGAUGACUUCGGGCGCAAGAAGAAUGAUAAGUCGCAGCUAUCCAAGGCUGACAGAGCCGCAGCAGCUCUGAAGCGACUGCAGGUACACGAGCUGAACAAGCUCUUUUCCUGGGCCAACUCGUCCAGGCGAGGACUCAUCCUCUUCAUCGACGAGGCCGAUGCCUUCCUUCGUACUGGCAGAGGCUCCGACACGGGCUCGAUGAGCGAGGAGGCUCGGAACGUGCUGUCAGCCUUCUUGCACCACACCGGCACCGAAAGCGACAAGUUCGUCGUAGUGCUGGCCACCAAUAUCCGAGAAAUACUUGACAGAGCAGUGCUCGAUCGUGUCGAUGAGAACUUCGAGUUUCCCUUGCCCAGCCUGGAGGAGCGCAAGAGGAUGCUGGCAAUGUUCAUGGAGGAGCACAUCCACACGCCCACAAAGCGCGGUAAAGUCAUUGAGGUAGAUGCAGCCUUGGAUGAGAGCUUCUUAGACCAAGCCUGGACGCCUCCCUCUUCCAAAGAGGGUGCAGGGAAGAUGGCGGGCAUUGAUAUGGACAAUCCGCAUCUGGAUCCCGUGGAGACCUUUUCGUUUCUGAGACUGGUCAGCGCGGACGGCCACGAGUUCUUCCUGGACAGGCGGAUCGCGUACGAGUGCGACACUUUCAAGAAGAUGGUCGAAAAGGAGGGCUUCAAAGAAGGUCAGACAAAUGAGAUCCAGUUGCCAACAGUCACCGGCAAGUUGCUCGAGAAGGUCAUCGAGUAUUUGUAUUUCAAGUACAAGUACACAGAUGCCAAGGUGCCAAUACCGGAAUUCCCAAUCGAUGAUGACGUUGUGCUG